GCUCGAUGUCACCAUGUGUUUGUGCAGACAUAGCCACUCAAAGGAGAAAAGAGAGCAUUGUGAGAAAGGACUAACCAGUUAUUAGCCAUUACAUUCAUACUUUAUUCAGGCAAUAGCUUAACUGCUGCCGAAACACACUGCUGUAAACAGACGAAAAUCCUGUAAAUCAGUUUGCACCAGUCGGCGCCCCGUAAGUCAAAGCGCGUGACUGUGUGUGUAUGUGCCUGCGUGGAAAAUCGCAGAUCACCGAUCAAUGGAAGUUAACUGAACCAAACCCACCUCGCUGCCAGUGCGUGAACGUUUGUAACCGGCGAAGAUUCCGCGGAUAUUGAUUUCACGCUUCAUCUCAAAAGUCUGUAAGGACGAACAAUUGUCAUUCCAGCAUCCUAACCUUGAACCGUUUACCUGUGAAGCACUGAUGGGGCGUAAACUGGACCUGUCGGGUCUCAGCAAUAAUGAAGCGGAGCAUGUUCUUAGAGUGGUACAGAGAGACAUGCAACUUCGUAAGAAGGAAGAGGAGAGACUCAGUGAAAUGAAGCAGGAGCUGGAGGAGGAGGGCAGUCGCUGUUUGCUUUUAUCUAAGCAGCAGAAGUUCAACGAGCACUGCUGCAUCCGUUGCUGCUCUCCCUUCACCUUCCUGCUCAACCCAAAGCGCCAGUGUCUGGACUGCCACUACAACAUCUGCAAAUCUUGCUGCUCUUACAGCCAGAGCGAGAGGGGCUACAUCUGUGCUGCCUGCCAAAAGAGCAGGCAUUUGAGGACACAGUCUCUGGAAUGGUUCUACAAUAAUGUGAAGAGUCGGUUUAAGAGAUUUGGAAGUGCCAAAGUGUUGAAGACCCUCUACAGGAAACACAUCAUCGAAAGAGGAGCGUUAUCUGAGUUACCAGAGGUGAGCGCUCAUGAAGGGAGUAAUGAUAAUGGCAGCAUUUGUGAUGGCAGUGACUCCACGCUCUACAAGCAAAGUGAAGGUCACAGCAUGGCAGACACACUUACGGUUGCUCUCCGUGUGGCAGAGGAGGCGAUAGAGGAAGCUAUUGCUAAAGCGGAGAACUACAAAGACAGUCUGGAGAAACAGAACGAGGCUCGUUAUUUGCAUGAGCACAAGGAAGAGCUCAUAGAGGAACUUGCCACAACAAUUGUUCAAAAAAUUAUUCAGAGGGGAAAGCGGCCGGAGAUACAAGAAGAGUAUGAGUUUGUAUGGCCUCAGAAUCAGAAAAGUGAGCUACCAUCUCCUACCUCAACACAAAACCCACUUGCAACGCAGAAUUCACACUCCACCUCUCAGCCAGGCGCAGUAGCCCAGUCUGACAUAAGUAAGAGGUCAAGAUCAGCGUACUCGAGUGACGAUUCUCCAGAAAAGGGCCCUGAGGUGGGCAUGGCCCCAGGGGUUCCAAAGAGCACUGAGGUAGAGACAGACAUACAAAAUUACUCAUCACUCAGGAGGGAGUCCAGAGCAUUAUCACUUCCUGGAUGGAAGAGUGUUGACCGCCUUGAAAACUCCAGUGCAUCUUCAGUCCUGCAGUCCCCUGAUGGUAACUGGAUUGCCCUGCAGAGCUCCCAGCAUUCCCGGCCCAGCCUGCUGACUAAGCGCAAAAGCCUCGUUUUCAGUGUGCUUGAGAAAGAAUCAGGCGUGGUAUCUGCGUAUGAUGAAAUGGGCUCAGAUUCAGACCCUGAGGAUCAGGGUGGAUGGGGCGCUGCCUUGUUACAGUUUCGCAGACGUCUCUCUGAUGAAACAUACUAUACUGACUCUCAACACGACCCUGAAUGGACAUUUACUCAACAUCCACCCAUUACAUCACCCUCUUCGGGUCAAUACACCAACACUGAAACCCUGAACUCUGACUCAGAGACAUCUCCUUCCCCGUCGACUCGAGCCCGUAGAGCACCCGUGAUGAAAAAAGGGCCACCCGAAACACACCUAUAUCCUUACUACAGGCACCCUGCAGACAUCGUAGCUUUGCCUCAGUUGAAGCCAGAUGUCCUCGAUGUGAACUUUAAUCCCCACUUGGGUGGGGACAGUAGUGAUGGGGAGGAGCGGAGCGAGCAGGUCAAAAGAUCACGGAGGCGUAGAAAGAGCAAACGCGAGACAUCAGAGCACAGCCGAGCACAUAAUGCACUGUACAGUGCUGCCACUGCGGAGAACAGUACUGUCCUCCUCAAUGCCAUGAUGAUGCGCCGCCAACAGAGCCAGGAGAACACAGUCCCUCUGAAUCACCAAACUCCAGACUCUGUGACCUCUCCAGACAUUCUGACCUUUAACAACAUGUCUCCUGAACCUGAAUAUCAGAACACAUUAGCUCAUAACUCCAGUGCUGCCAGCCUGCCAUUGCUGAGCCAGCUAGGCUCCAACAAUCCAGGGUUCGCCCCUCAGGACCCUUUGCUCAGGGCCUUCCCAGUUAAUGAAACACUGGAAGAGGAGCUGAAAUACAAACUCAGUGAGCUGAUUGGCCAAGUCAGUGAGAGGGAUGUAAAAUCAUCGGAUUUUGAACCAAUCAGUGAAGUGGGCAACAAGCAAGAGGACAGAGUAAGUGAGAAAGACAGUGGGAAACUAAGACCCAAGGAGAGGCGGGAGAGCAAGCGGGAAAGUAAAUUGAGGGAAAUGGAGAAGCAAAGUGAAAGACAAACAGUUAAACUGAUGGAUACAAGUGAUGCUGUGAGACAGAUAAAUAUUGAGAGACAAAUGAAGAAAGAGAGGGAGCGACAGAGAGAUAUUGAAAGACAGGUAGAAAGAGAGCGGGAGAGACAAAGAGAGCUAGAGAAACAAAUUGAGAAGGACAGAGAAAGGCGGCGAGAGAUCGAGAUGCAGGUCGAGAAGAAACAGGAAAGACAGAAAGAAAUGGAGAAACAACUGAAACAAGAACAAGAGAGACAAUCAGAGAUUGAGCGAGACUUAGAAAAGAAAAGGAAAAGCAUACGAAUGGAAAAAGAGAAAUUAGUGAGUGUGAAAUCCAGAGAACGUGAACAGGAAUUGGUGAGAGAAACAGGGGAAGCAUCAGGUAGAGCGUUGAAGCGAAAUAAGAGUUUGGAGGAAUACAAAUAUGAAACCGAGAAAGAAAAGGUGAAUAAAAUAUCUGCACAGAGAAGCAAAUCAGAAACGUCAGCAGAAAGAAAGAAGCUUGAUAUAAAGACAGCAAGGUCUUUAACAGCAUCUCCAGAAAGCACCCCCUGCGGUCUGGAGGAGCCAAAGUCUCCAUCAGAGGAGGGUCAGAGUGAUCCUGCUCUACAGCAGAGGCUUCAGUUACUCUCCUCUCUCUUGCAUCAGAAGUACUCUGCUGCGUCUUUAUGCAGCAUCACCACAGAGGUUCUGAAGGUCCUAAACGCCACAGAGGAUUUGCUUGGUGAAGCAGAAUGCAAAGUUUAUGAUCCCUCUCCAGCUGGCACACACAUAUGCUCAGGUCCUGUCAACAAGAAGCUGGACCAUCAACUUACUAAGAUGGAGGAAAAUGUGUAUUUGGCAGCAGGGGCUGUGUACAGCCUAGAGGGGGCGCUGGGUGACUUAGAAGAAUGUGCACGCAGCAUCAGCAGCUCCACCACAGACACAGAACUAGCCUUCUUGGAAGACCAGGUUGCCACUGCUGCUGCUCAGGUGCAGCAGUCAGAGCUCCAGAUAUCAGAUAUUGAGGCAAGAAUAUCCGCUCUCAAAACUGCAGGUCUGAAUGUAUCUGCGUGUACACGUUUUUCCAAGUACAAAUCUAAACCUAUGCCACAAACACUAGACUCUUCUCGCCAUCAGAGGAGAAAGCUACCUGCUCCUCCUCUCAGAACCAUGUUAUCAGAAAAGGAAGUCAAAUCUGAGUCACAGAUGAGAUACGUAAGGCCAUGGCAAGAGGAUGUAUGACUCUGUGAUCCUCUAAUAAGCUGUGUGGCUCCACAUCACUCUGCUUCUGAAUGCUAGGACCAUCAGGCUGUUCCACGCUAGUGCCUUGCUCCAACUUCUGGUCCUCCAAUUUGAUUGGCACUAAUGACUGAUCACAAACCGUGUUGGGUUGAUCUCACUUCUUACCCAUAGAACUUUACCAAACCUUGGAACACCUCCAGUAACCAGGGGAUUCAAUUAUUUCUCUCUGCCUUAAUGGAGACCAAACUCCUACAACAAAGAUCACAGAGGGUUGUAAUUGUAGAUUUAAAUCGAUGUAAUUACUUGUAUGUGUAACUGAUGCACAGUAGUAAAUGUUAACAAUCUGGGACGUCACCUCCUGUUCUGUUUUUUUAUGUUUGCUGGGUCGUGUAUAUGUUUGAAAUCUGUAUGUUAGAUAUGUUACUAAAGAAAACCUUGUGUUUAUUUUCGCAAAAAGAGGCUGGAGCACAUUCGGUAAAAGUCUUAAAUGUGUGAAGUGUCAGAAAGUACACACUAAAUACCUGCAGGACCUGUUUGAUGUCACGUUUCUAUUCUUUUCAAAUAUGGCACAAAUAUCUCAGGCUUCUUUUUUUCUGAAGGUCAUUGUUUACUUAAAGGUGUAUUCAACGUCUACAACAACUGUGAAAUUCAUCAUGAGUUCAUUUUUAUUUUGUUAAAAAAAUGUAAAGAAAAAGAAAGGAAUAAAGGUGUGGCACCGUGGCUCAAUAGUUAGCACUGCCACCUCACAGCAAGAAGGCCGCUGGUUUGAGUCCCAGGUGGACUAGUAGGCAUUUCUGUGUGGAGUUUGGA